GGAGCAUAUUGUGAUAGUGGGUGGUGGUAUAGCUGGCCUCACUACAGCCUUAGGCCUUCACAGGUUAGGACUACGGAGCUUAGCGUUGGAAUCAUCAGAGAACUUAAGAAUUACUGGUUUUGCUAUUACUUUGAUGACCAACGCUUGGAGGGCACUCGAUGCUCUAGGCAUUGGAAACUCCCUAAGGGAACAUUAUCCUCUGAUUUCCAGGUUACAGGUUGGUUCUUCUCUUUCAGGUGUUACUUCAGAGAAUGAAUCGCCAGACGCAAAUGAAGGUUAUGAAAGUCGUUGCGUAAGAAGGAAGGAGUUGCUUGAGACAUUGGAGAGGGAAUUGCCCCAUGGCACCAUUCGGUACUCGUCUAAGGUUGUUUCUAUUGAGGGUAGAGGAUAUCACAAAUUCUUGCACCUAGCUGAUGGUUCCACCCUCAAAGCCAAGGUGUUGAUUGGUUGUGAUGGAGUUAAUUCAUUGGUUGCGAAGUGGCUGGGUCUUCAAAAACCUGUUUAUUCUGGUCGUUCAGCCAUGAGGGGCUUUGUUGAGUACCCUGAUGGUCAUGGCUUUCAGCCAAGGUUUCAUGUUUACUUUGAAGGAGGAGUUCGCUAUGGUUAUGUUCCAUGUGAUGACAAGUGCUUGUACUGGUUUUGCACUUAUGGUUCAUCUCUCCAACAUGUUGAAGAAAUGCAAGAGAAUCCAGCUAAGAUGAAGCAGUUUGUAUUGAAGAAGAUAAGCCAAUUACCGCAACAAGCAGCAGCAGUGGUGGAAAUGACUGAAUUGGAUAGCAUCUCAUGUUCUCCGUUGAAACAAAGAUUGCCCUGGAAUCUCUUACUCGGAAAUAUCUCCAAAGGCAAUGUUUGUGUUGCCGGCAAUGCCCUUCAUCCGAUGACACCUAACAUUGGUCAAGGCAGUGGCUCAGCUUUGGAGGAAGGUGUUGUUCUUGCUAAGUGCCUCGCAGAAGCUUUAUUGAAAAAACCAAGAAAUGAGAUUCAAAAUGAAGAAGAAGAAUAUGGAAGGAUCAAGAAAGGGUUGGAGAAGUUUGCAAAGGAGAGGAGAUGGAGGAGUUUUAGUCUCAUAAGUGCUGCAUAUGUGGUGGGUUUCAUACAGGAAAGGAAUGGAAAGGUGAUGAGGUUCUUGAGAGAGAAAUUUCUGUCGCAAUUCACUAUCAGUAUUGUGGGGAAGAUGGCUGACUUCCAUUGUGGCGAGCUCAACAUUUCUGGAAGUAAUUAAAUCUGUCUUUUGUUUGUUGAUCACUGUGGUAUUAUGGGAGCAGUUCAUGAAGUUCAAAUAUUGAAUCUUUGUUGGAGGAAGUAACCAGUCAGUUCUUGCAUUUGGAAGGUUGAAACUUGAAACCAAGGAAUUUGAGGUUAAAAUUAAGACAAAAUAAGUACGAGGCGACAGUUGAUCAGUGUUGUACUGAAUAGCUAAGAGAGUAUGGUGAGUCAAGUGGCAUUUUCGUUUGGGGACUGCAGAAAUUUAUUUGUCUUGCAUUUUGUGGAGAAUAUACGGUAGAGAAAUAAGAAUUUGACUAUUGAA